AGUCCAGACGCUCUGUGGAGUCGCGGGAGCCGAGGCUGCGAGAGUUACCCUUUAUUCUGUGAUAGUUUGAGCUGUUCUGCGUCUCGCGGGCCCUACUGAAUUUCCUGGACCUACUCGCGGAACCCUCAACGAGCUAGCGAUAGAUUUAGAGGAAAGGAAGCGCCGUCGGAAAGCAAAGGCACGAUUUCACCUUCAUUUGAACUGCUUCAUUCAGGACUCUGCAAAUUCCCUGAAGUAGAAGGAAAAAUGACCACAUUCAAAGAGGCAGUGACCUUCAAAGAUGUGGCCGUGGUCUUCACUGAGGAUGAGCUGGGGCUCCUGGACCCUGCCCAGAGGAAGCUGUACCGAGACGUGAUGCUAGAGAACUUUAGGAACCUGCUCUCAGUAGGGAAUCAACCAUUCCACCAAGAUACUUUCCACUUCUUAAGGAAGGAGAAGUUGCGGAUUAUGAAGACAACAAGCCAAAGAGGAGGGAAUUCAGGAGGGAAGAUCCAAAUUGAGAUGGAGACUGUUCCAGAAGCAGGACCACAUGAAGAGUGGUCCUGUCAGCAAAUAUGGAAACAAAUUGCAAGUGACCUAACCAGGUCUCAAGACUCCACAAGGAACAGCUCUGAGUUACUCAUAGAAGGUGACGUCCUCUGCCAGAUUGAGGCAGGACUAUCUAUAAGUCAUGUGCAACAGAAAUCUUACCAGUGUAAUGAAUGUAAACAGUCCUUCGGUGAUGUUUCUGUCUUUGAUCUUCAUCAACAAUUACACUCAGGAGAGAAGUCUCAUACAUGUGAUGAGUGUGGAAAAAGCUUCUGUUACAUCUCAGCCCUUCGUACUCAUCAGAGAGUCCAUAUGGGAGAAAAACACUAUAAGUGUGAUGUGUGUGGUAAGGAAUUUAAUCAGAGCUCACAUCUUCAAACUCAUCAGAGGGUCCAUACUGGAGAGAAACCAUUCAAAUGUGAGCAGUGUGGGAAAGGCUUCCAUAGUAGAUCAGCACUUAAUGUUCAUUGCAAGUUACACACAGGAGAGAAGCCUUAUAAUUGUGAGGAAUGUGGGAAAGCCUUCAUUCACGAUUCACAGCUUCAGGAACAUCAGAGAAUCCAUACUGGGGAGAAGCCAUUCAAAUGUGAUGUAUGUGGUAAGAGCUUCCGUGUUAGAUCAAGACUGAAUAGGCAUUCCAUGGUUCACACAGGAGAAAAACCAUUCAGAUGUGAUAUAUGUGGCAAGAACUUUCGUCAGAGAUCAGCACUUAAUAGUCAUUCCAUGGUCCACAUAGGAGAGAAGCCAUACAAAUGUGAGCAGUGUGGAAAAGGCUUCAUUUGUAGGCGAGAUUUUUGUAAGCAUCAGAUGGUCCACACAGGAGAGAAACCAUAUAAUUGUAAAGAAUGUGGGAAGACCUUCAGAUGGUCCUCAUGUCUUUUGAACCAUCAGCGAGUCCACAGUGGACAAAAACCCUUCAAAUGUGAAGAAUGUGGGAAGGGAUUUUAUACAAAUUCACAACGAUCUUCCCAUCAGAGAUCCCACAAUGGAGAAAAGCCAUAUAAGUGUGAGGAGUGUGGUAAGGGCUAUAAAAGGAGGUUGGAUCUUGAGUUUCACCAGAGGGUCCACACGGGUGAGAGACCCUACAAUUGUAAGGAAUGUGGGAAGAGCUUUGGCUGGGCCUCCUGUCUUUUGAAACAUCGGAGACUCCACAGUGGAGAAAAACCUUUCAAAUGUGAAGAGUGUGGAAAGAGAUUUACUCAGAGUUCACAACUUCAUUCCCAUCAGACAUGCCAUACUGGAGAAAAGCUAUACAAAUGUGAGCAGUGUGAGAAGGGGUACAACAGUAAAUUUAAUCUUGACAUGCACCAGAGGGUCCACAGGGGAGAGCGACCCUAUAAUUGUAAGGAAUGUGGAAAGAGCUUUGGCUGGGCUUCAUGUCUUUUGAAACAUCAGAGACUCCACAGUGGAGAAAAGCAAUUGAAAUGUGGAGUGUGGGAAGAGAUCUCAGAAUUCACAGCACCAUUUACAUCAGAAGGUCUAUGUGGAAAAAAAGCCGUACAGAUGUGA